AUGGAUGCUGCCACGGGCACUGGAGGCUCUAUAGCCGAUUCACUAGAGGAAUUCGAUAAACGUUAUAGCGAAAGCUACAACCAAAUCUUAUCGUCUCCGAUUCUUUUUAACCAGUGCUCGGAGGAGAUUCCCGAUGAACAACAACAACAACAACAGUCAAUGAAUGCAUCUGUGUUUAUAACAUACCAAGACUUCAAUACCCGGCUAGAAUUGUCGUCACCAUUAAUGGAGGAUACUCCUACGUUUUCCACUCCAAAGGUCAACAUGAAUAUUGCUGAGGAUAAAUAUGAGCCAGAAGUAAAGAUGGAAUUUGAACCACCACAAGGGGAAACUCAACGCGAACAAAAAUCAGCAACUUAUAUUGAUAACAAUAACAAUAAUCAUCAUCAAGUAGACCUUUUUCGAAGAAACAAAUCGUUUUCAUUUUCUUCACGGUCUAUGACUUCAUCGCGUGAGAGCAAUGGUAAUAAUACUACUAUCAACCAAAACUAUACGAGUACCUCACCAGUUACAAUAGCGAAACUCAAACGACAACUUUCUAUCACCAUACCAGCAAAACCCAGCCAAUACGUGGGGAAUCCCUUCUACAAGAGACAAUUGCACAAACUGACUUCAUGUCUACCUACGAUGGACCUGAUUUUUGCUGGGACAAAGUUAAGUCGGAGUAACUCCAAAAUCACAAAGUCCAGAAAGAAUUCAGUGAGAGCAGAUGAUGGGAUCUGUUUAUUAGGUCGACAAAGUCAGAUGAACUCCAAUCCUGAUACCAGCAGUGACAAUGAUUCUGAAACUUUAAACUUAUAA